AUGUCACAUUUCCAUUCCACCGGCGGACCCGAACGCCCAAGUAUGACGAGGCUCUCCCGCGCCUCCACAACAAAAGGAGAAAACUCACUUGGUGAUAAGAAAUCUCUGGAGCGACAGAUCUUCGAGAUUACGAAGUUUCCUGUUGCAGCAAUUCAGAGGGCUCCACUGUCAGAAUUCAGUGCAUACUGUUUCACUUCCGCUUCUCGCGUGUUGCAAAUUAGUGCCCACCCGGAAGCUCCACAGAGACUAAAUGAGUUUGGCCAACUUGCUCAGGCACUAAAAGAAAUGAAACACGAAAUCCCGGUCCACGAGAUCCAAUCUGACUUGGAUUUCAUUCGGGUCUUCAAGUUCCUGGACGAACUUUUGGACGGUAAAGUGAAAACAGAGCGGAUUGAAGACGCAAUUUGUCGCGGAUGCGAAGGGAGGUUACCUGGCAGGACAGCAGUGCUCCAGCUGCGCCUUGGUCAAAUAACGAGUUGCCCUGAACUCCUGUCUAGCCUUCGGAUGGACGACCUUGUGAGCAAAGCCCGCGCUCUGCGGAACAGAGACGCCUUGCGCAUGCUCAUGUCCUUAUACAGGGCCACAAAUCCUGAAGACUCACGAGUUGCUUAG